CCGGAUGAGGGUAUAUAUUCGGAGCGGGCGCGGGACGCCGAGGAGUGGCCGCGCGCUGGGAGCCGGAGCCGGGCGGAGUCGCCGUUGCGCCGAGGGAGGUUUACAGGUGCAGAGAUUACACCUCUAUUUUCACAAAGCUUGGCUCCCAGAGCAUUAUGAAUGUUAACGAUCUCAAACUCAGGUUGUCCAAAGCUGGACAGGAACACCUGCUACAGUUCUGGAAUGAGCUGGAUGAAGCCCAACAGGUAGAACUUUAUGCAGAGCUCCAGGCCAUGAACUUUGAGGAGCUGAACUUCUUUUUCCAGAAGGCAAUUGAAGAUUUUAACCAAUCCUCUCAGCAAGAGAAGAUGGAUGCACGAAUGGAGCCUGUCCCUCGAGAGGUGUUGGGCAGUGCUACCAGGGACCAGGAUCGGCUGCAGGCCUGGGAAAGUGAAGGUACUGAGCAUGGAAUGUUCAUUUUAAAGUUUGUAAUGAGAUAUACCAGCGGUAUUAAAGUAGUUGGAUCAUGUAAUGAUUUUUUGGAUUCUCCUCCUACCUUAAACCAGGUGACUGAUCAGAAAGUGACAGAUUAUGUUGCUAAAACUUCUACCUCGUCUCCCCUGUCAGUGCCUUUAUGCUCUUUUCAUUUCUGUUCCCCAUUCAGGGUUUUUCUCAUUCAAGUCUUACUACUUAAUAAUUUUCAAACUGUGUUCCAAGGAACCCUAGGGGUUCCACUGCUGGGGAGACUGUCUCAUCAUUUGAUUAUAUUUCUUCUCCUGCUGUCUUUCUUUGGGCAGGUCGUAGAGAAAACGAACCCUACGGAGCCAGUGGGAGUGGUUUGCCGCGUGGAUGGAGUCUACCAGGUGGUGGAAUACAGUGAGAUUUCCCUGGCGACGGCUCAGAAACGAAGCUCGGAUGGACGCCUGCUAUUCAAUGCAGGGAACAUUGCCAACCAUUUCUUCACCGUACCGUUUCUGAGAGAUGUUGUCAAUAUUUAUGAACCUCAGUUGCAGCACCAUGUGGCUCAAAAGAAGAUUCCAUAUGUGGAUUCCCAGGGGCAAUUAAUUAAGCCAGACAAACCAAAUGGAAUAAAGAUGGAAAAAUUUGUCUUUGACAUCUUCCAGUUUGCAAAGAAGUUUGUGGUGUAUGAAGUGCUGCGAGAAGAUGAGUUUUCCCCGCUAAAGAAUGCGGACAGUCAGAACGGGAAGGACAAUCCUACUACUGCGAGGCAUGCUUUGCUGUCCCUUCAUCACUGCUGGGUCCUCAACGCAGGGGGCCACUUCAUCGACGAAAAUGGCUCUCGCCUCCCAGCCAUUCCCCGCAGUGCUACAAAUGGAAAGUCAGAGACCAUCACAGCUGAUGUCAAUCUCAACUUGAAGGACGCCAAUGAUGUACCAAUUCAGUGUGAAAUCUCUCCUCUUAUCUCCUAUGCUGGAGAAGGAAUAGAAAGUUAUGUGGCAGAUAAAGAAUUCCAUGCACCUUUAAUCAUUGAUGAGAAUGGAGUUCACGAGCUGGUGAAGAAUGGUAUAUGAACCAGAAACCAAGUUCACCACAGUAAGAAUAGCUUUUAUUUUUGAUAGACCAACUGUGAACCUCAGGACCUCUCCUGGAAUACUCACGUUUGAAUAUCCACAGGGUUUCACCUUGCUUGUUGAACUCUCAACUACUCCAUAUUCCCCAAGAUCCAGAUGACCGAGCUUCAGAAAGCAUUUUUAUGAUUUUCAACUCAUUGAAGGUCUUAUUUAUAUUUUUUAACUGUGUGAUUUUUUUCCAAGCCAAGGAAAACAUUGGCCAUCCAGGAAAUUUCCUACAGCUUGGUAUAGUCAGGGUGUUCAACAUCACUGUACUUGGAGCUGGAAACAUUUGUUUUCGAAGUUGUACAUAGUAAUAAUAUGUCCUUGUAUGUGUUGAAAGGUUUCUAUGGUACUAAAAGUUUGUUUUAUUUUAUCAAAAAUUAAAUUUUUUUAAGAAAAUAAUUGGACAGUAAAAUAAA